AUGCGCGCGGGACCCGGGACGUGCGUCGACGCCACCCUCGGCCGUGGACGCGACGCGUUGACCCUGCUCGACCUCGGCGCGGACGUCGUGUACGGGUUCGACGUCGAGGCGGCGGCGAUCGCGAGCGCGCGUGACGCGUUCGAGGCGUCCGGCGUGGACGCGGGACGCGUCCGCGUCGAGCUUCGAUGUCACGCCGAGGGCCUGGCUUCGCUGGAAUCGAGCGGUCUCGCGGGCGCCGUGGCGUGCGUGGCGUUUAAUUUAGGGUAUCUUCCGGGUGACGACGCGGCGACGCGCGCGGGGCGGGCGCGAACGCGGCGCGAGACGACGACGGCGGCGCUCGAGAGCGCUUUUCGGCUGACGCGCGUCGGCGGUCGCGUCACCGUCGUCGCGUACGUCGGGCACGACGGCGGUGCGGACGAGUGCGAGGGCGUGCGCGAGUGCCUCGCCGCGCUCUCGUCCAGGGACUGGGUCGUCACCGAGCGUCGCGUGGUGAACCGAAGACGCGCGCCGGCGCUCUUCGUCGCGCUUCGCCGGGCCUAG